AUGCCUUUGCCACCCUUCUUCCUCCUCCUCCUCUCCGGGGGUCAGAGGUCAGAUCCGGGGGUGAGGGCUGAGGGGGGGACGGCGUGCGGCUGUGAUGCGCGUCAGGUGUGUGACUGCUCCUCCAGGAACCUGACCCUCAUCCCCAAGGUCCCUCUCCACGUCGUCGCCCUCGACCUCUCCCUUAACUCUCCGGUGACCAACGCCGACCUCGCCGCCUACGCCCGCCUGACCACCCUGCGUCUCCAUGGCAACCGCCUUUGGAGCGUGGCGUGGAGGGCGUUCCGGUCGCUAGGGAGACUGGAGCGUCUGGACCUGUCGGCCAAUAAGCUGGCCAGCCUGAACGCUGAUUGGUUCACAGGGCUGCUGUCUCUCACUCACCUCAAUCUGCUGGACAACCCCUACAGGUCCCUGGGCCCCCGCCCCCUGUUCCAGGGCCUGCUGUCCCUACGGACCCUCCGCCUGGGGGGCCCCUCCCUGGAGGAGCUCCGGAGCCACGACCUGGCAGGGGUGGGCCGGCUGGACCUCCUGGAGCUGCACGCCAACCACCUCCGCCACUACGACCCGGGUUCCCUGUCCUGGCCCUGGUCCCUGGGCGCGGCCACCCUCAGCCUGCGGGAGCCCUUCCUGACCAACCAGACGCUGGCGGAGGCUGUCCUGGACGACGUGUCGUACCCAGAGACGCCGCUGACCCUGUGCGACCUCCAGAUGGCCGGGAACGUGUUGCGUCCGUUUGCCGCCGUGGCACGGCGCCGCGUGCGCUCGCUGUCGCUAAGCAACACCUCGCUGUCGGAUGAAACAUUGGUCGACUUCCUGGAGGUGACGGACGGGACGCCGCUCAGCUUCCUGUCGCUGCAGGAUGUGAGGUUGGUGGGGACGGGGCACCUGGAGCAAGCGCGGAAGACACAGCAUGAGGGGUUUGACACGUUCUACCUGAGGAACGUGGAGAUCGUCAACCUGUACCAUUUCAGCUCCAUGCAGGAGCUGGGGUUCCUGCUGCAGUACCCCCGACAGGUGUCUGUCAUCAGGGCCAAGGCCUUCGUCCUCCACUGCUUCACCUCCGUCCUCCUGACCAACCUCCAGUACCUGGACCUGAGUGAGAACCUCCUGACCGACCACACCCUGGCAGAGACGCUCUGCUACGGGGCUGGCAUCCUCCGGAACCUCCGGGUCCUCAACGUCAGCUCCAACGCCAUCAAGUCCCUGGCCCUGGCCGGCCGCCUGAUGGCACGCCUGGACAGGCUCACUCACCUGGACAUCAGCGGGAAUGCCCUGGCCUCCAUGCCCGGGGCCUGCUCCUGGCCGGCCUCCCUCAGGUUCCUCAACCUCUCCUGGGCCUCGCUGCGGACGGUCACCCCCUGCCUGCCCAGCACCCUGGAGGUGUUGGACCUGAGCCACAACGACCUGACCAGCCUGGGUGUGGUGCUUCCCAGGCUGAGAGAGCUGCUCCUCUCUGGGAACAAGAUGCUGGCUCUGCCCUCCCCCUGGAAGACCCCCAACCUGGAGCUGCUGGUCGUCACCACCAACGCCCUCAGCGACUUCUCCCUCGACGACCUACGACCUUUCGGGCGUCUGCGAGAGCUGCAGGCCGGCGGAAACAACUUCCUGUGCUCCUGCUCCUUCGUGGCGUUCAUGGCGACGGCGUUGUCCGGGGCGACGGUGGAGGGGACGGGAGCGGGAGGUGUGGGGGUGCGUCUCACGGACGAUCCGGACAGCUACGUCUGUGAUUCUCCGCUGUGGGUGCGGGGCGAGAGGGUGGGCGGGGUGAGGUUCUCGGUGGUGGACUGUCACCGCCUGGCGUUCGUGGCGUCUCUGUGUGGCUUCUCCCUCCUCGCCGCCGGCCUCCUCGCCGCCCUCCUCCACCGGCUGCACGUCCUCUGGUACCUCCGGAUGAUGUGGGCGUGGCUAUCUGCCAACCGCAGCGCCAGGCGCCGCCACCGUCACCAAGACCGCAGCCGUCUCCUCGGCAACGACGACCCCGUCAGCGACUCCUCGAGGUUCAGCUACGACGCCUUCGUCUCCUACAUCGAGCAGGACGCCGACUGGGUGGAGCACUUCCUGGUUCCGGAGCUUGAAGAGGACUCCAGCUCCCAGGAUGUACCUCUGUCCCUCUGCCUCCACAAGAGGGACUUCCUGCCGGGCAAGUGGAUCGUUGACAACAUCCUCAUCGCCAUCGAGAACAGCCGGCGCACCAUCUUUGUCCUGUCGGGGCACUUUGUGCGGUCGGACUGGUGCCGCUACGAGCUGGAGUUCUCACACCUGCGGAUGUUCCAGGGCGACCAGGACGAGGCGGCCAUCUUGGUUCUGCUGGAGCCGCUGGGGGAGAAGGACGUCCCCCGCAGGUUCUGCCGGCUCAGGAGGAUGAUGAGCUCCAGAACCUUCCUGCAGUGGCCCCGGGACGAGCAGGGGAGGGAGGAGUUCUGGAGCAGCCUGAGGGCUGCUGUGAGGGGGGAUGACUGAACACACGUACACACACACACGUGUACACACACACACGUGUACACACACGAGCAUGCAAGCAUAUUGACACAGUUAUUUUCUUUCUAAUGUUUCUUUUUUAUUCAACACGUUGAGCAGCAUCAUUCACCGUAGCCAUGACAACAACACAUCUGUAAACAGCUUAAAAUCACCUGGGGGCUAUUGCACGAAAGUAGAAUAAAGAAAUACAGGAUGACUGAAAAAGCGCAGCUUGACUUAGUGUUAUCCGCUCAUCGCGGCUUAUUCGGUUGCACGUUUGCCAAACCAGGAUGAGAAGGUGCCGCUAUGUCAAUCCAGAUGUACAUAGUUGGGAUAAGUGCACCUUCACGGCUUUCUUAAAUAGACCAUGGUAUCGAUCACAGAUUUACUGAUGCAGAAAUGGAGAAGACGCGUGUGGCAUAUUUUUCACCCGCUGAGCAGCAACUAAUUAUGGAAAUUGAAGCAUAGUGAAGCAUAUAAUAUGCAAAAAAGGAAAUACGGCUGCUGUUAUUAAACAGAGCGAAAAGCCUGGCAGACAAUCGCGGACCGACUGAAUGCGUAAGGAUUGAAAAAUAUCUACUUGGAAAGUUGUACACUCUGUUUUAAUUGCUUUUAAUAUGCUUGUUUUAUGUGUUGGUUGUAUUGCUGUAUCUGUGUUUAUGCGCUGCUGGUUUUACUGUAAAGUGUAGUUUGAGUAGCCUACCAUGUAAAGCACUAUGUAAAUAAAAUGUAUUAUUAUUUAGCCUACUUUGCCUUAAAAGUGAGCAGAGGGAAUUAAUUUUCCUCUGGAAAUUUACCCUAAAAACUAGGCCUAAUUUCAAACCCUUAUUCACAAUGCAAGAACAUGUUUUACAUGUUUUUUUAUUUUUAGACCCGUGGGCAACGUUGCCGCGACGUUGUACCUUGGUCGGCUGGUUAC